ACAUGGAGACUACACCCUCCUCCUCAGACCUGGAGCUCCCCUCCAACUUCCUCAAAAUCCUGCUCAUAUAAGCUCACACACGGACCCACUCCACAGCAGAGGAGCAGGACGCCAGACCUAGGACUUCACCAAACUCUCAGACUUUGAACUUAAGGAUGUUGUCGUGCGUGUGCGUGCUGCUGCUUGCGGCCUCGGCUCUGAGCCACCUGGACGAAGACUUCCUGGACGCCCAGUGGGACGAGUGGAAGAUCACACACCUGAGAGAAUACAACGGCCUGGGUGAGGAGGGGAUCCGCCGGGCCGUCUGGGACAAGAACAUGAGAAUGAUCGCAGCCCACAACGAGGAGGCAGCACUGGGACUCCACUCGUACGAGAUGGGGAUGAACCACCUGGGAGACAUGACGUCAGAGGAGGUGGCUGAGAAGAUGACCGGCCUGCUGGUCCCUCUGGAGCGCGAGCGCAGCUUCACCAUGGCUCUGGACGACAAGGUGUCCAAACUCCCCAAAUUUGUCGACUACCGCAAGAAGGGCAUGGUGACCCCGGUGAAGAACCAGGGCUCCUGUGGCUCCUGCUGGGCCUUCAGCUCCGCCGGGGCCCUGGAGGGCCAGUUGGCCAAGCAGACGGGUCAGCUGGUGGACCUCAGUCCUCAGAACCUGGUGGACUGCGUCACAGAGAACGACGGCUGCGGAGGAGGAUACAUGACCAAAGCCUUCCAGUACGUCCAGGAGAACGGAGGCAUCGACUCGGAGGAGGCGUACCCGUACGUCGGAGAGGACGAGUCGUGCCGUUACAACGCCACCGGAAUGGCGGCCCAGUGCAAAGGCUUUAAGGAAGUGCCCGUGGGCGAUGAGCACGCUCUGGCUGUGGCUCUGUUCAAAGUGGGUCCAGUGUCUGUCGGCAUCGACGCCACACAGAGGGGCUUCCAGUUCUACCAGAGAGGUGUUUACUACGACCGCAACUGCAACAAAGACGACAUCAACCACGCCGUGCUGGCGGUCGGAUACGGCAUCAGCUCCAAGGGGAAGAAGUACUGGAUCGUCAAGAACAGCUGGAGCGACACCUGGGGAAACAAGGGCUACAUCCUGAUGGCGCGGAACCGGGACAACCUCUGCGGCAUCGCCAACCUCGCCAGCUACCCCAUCAUGUGAGGGGGCGGAGCUCAGAGGAGGACGGAGGGGGACGAAGGGGCUUUGAUUGGACCACGUGAAGACAGCUCCUCCCCAAAUCUUAGUUACUUACAAAAUUAAGUUCUAUCAACAAACAUGUUUUUUCUAAAUUUGAAUUGGACUUUUCCAGAGUGAAUCUCCUCUGGAAUCAAAGUGAAAUGUUUUGGACUCUUGGAAUUCAGGCGUCUGUGGAACUGAGGACGUUUGGUUAUCGUCAGUUAUUUGAAGCACUUUAAAGCCCUGAAGUCUUUUUCAGGUUUUAUCUCCAGAGCAGCAGACGUCAGAAAGAAACUCGACACAAACCUCCGGGGACGUGAUGUUAGAAACUGUCUCGUUCGAUCCGCAGACCCACAGGGAACAAACCGAGCUCCACAGUGUUCGUCUGUGAACGCUCAGAUUCCCUCAGUUCAUCAGUUUGUGAGGAGGAGACAUUGCUGGGCGAUGGAGGCUCCUCCUCUUCUCACCUUUCAAAUCACUUUUGUUGUCGUUUUUCUGUUUAUGAUUAAACUGGAAACUGAUGUUUUUCUAUGAACUUGAAUAAAGGUUUCAUUUUGAGUUGGA